ACUCCUGAAGGGGAAUAGCAGGAUAACAUCAUCAUUGGUUCCAGAAAUCUCUUUAUCAUAUAUUUCUCCUGUGAUAUUCAGGUCGUGAAGUGCGCCGAGGCCAGCGAGUUUACGGGGAUUUUUCCAGCAAAUAAAUCUGACGAGUGAAAUCAUCCUCCACACGCUCCUGUCAGACCCGAGAGCUCACGUUCCCACGCCUCCGACCGCCACAUCCACCAUAAAAACACACGCUAUACUUAGGGUUCCUGGUAAGAUCAUGGAUUCCCACACAUAGUUUUAUGAGUGCACUCAUCUUAGGUGGGAUUAAUGAGUUAUGAGAUGGUGGAGAUAAAUCUGCGUCUGAGGUCUGGACGUUAAACCCGAAGCUGAGCUGCUGGAACGUGUGGUGUGUUAAUGGACGUGUGUGAGAAGGUCACGGUCAUCAGGACAGUAAAAGGAGGUCAUAUAAGGUCAAACUGGAAGGAAGAGCAACGCCAGUGGAGAUUAACCGGAGAACAUGAGGAACUUUCUCAUCGACCUGAUUCUCUUAUGGAUCGCCAGCCACGUGAGCGCGCGGACGGUGAACAACGCCACCGGUUUAUCGACAGGUGUGAACAUGACCGUUACAGACAACGUGGAGGAUCAGAUAUCGGAGUCAGCGAUUAAAUCGAGGAGGAAGCGAUAUAUUUCUCAGAGUGAUAUGUUGGCCAUCGUUGAUUAUCACAAUCAGGUGCGAGCUCGAGUGUUUCCUCCAGCAGCUAACAUGGAGCACAUGGUGUGGGAUGAGUCUCUGGCACGUUCAGCAGAGUCCUGGGCUGCCACCUGUAUCUGGGAUCACGGACCUCCAUAUCUGCUUCGAUACCUCGGCCAAAAUCUCUCAGUCCGCUCGGGCAAUUACCGGUCAAUACUGCAGCUGGUGAAGCCCUGGUACGAUGAGGUGAAGGAUUACAUGUUCCCGUACCCGUAUGACUGCAACCCCACGUGCCCCAUGCGCUGUUUUGGCCCCAUGUGCACACAUUACACACAGAUGGUUUGGGGGACAACAAACCGAGUGGGCUGUGCAGUUCAGGUGUGUCACAACAUGGUGGUGUGGGGAUCCGUGUGGAGACAAGCAACCUACCUGGUCUGUGAUUAUUCCCCAAAGGGGAACUGGAUAGGUGAAGCGCCCUAUAAAGUGGGCGUGCCGUGUUCAGCCUGUCCCCCGAGCUACGGAGGAUCGUGUAGGAACAACAUGUGCUUCCCGUCAGUUAACUCCAACUUCAUGUACUGGUUUAAGUGAGCUGCCAUACAGUAGCAGAGCAAACAUACACGCGUGUACUAUCGGUGUCUUUUGAUAAAUAUAUACGGUAAGUUUUGUACAGCAGCAGGAGAGUUUAUAUGAAUCACACGUACAAUUCCAGAAAUGGUGCUGAUGUUAAAAUAGGACUUUUUUAUUACUACAGAUCAUCAUAUUGAUGCUCUUGAUAGUGCAAGUGUGUAGUCCUGUGUGGUCAAGGCUUGACAUAUCUAUAAAUUAUUCCGUCUGUUAUAGAUAUAUAUACUUAGACCUGAUUUCUGAAUUUGCAUAUUCAGAUGUCAUGAGCCACGAUCUGCCAUGUUAUAAUCUCAGUCUGUGUGUAGCUACAACAUGCAGUGGUUGUGGUUGUUGUAAGCAUGUGCUAUAAACACUGUGUGUGUGUUACACUGAAAUACUACGUGACGGGGAGAUGUGCUGAGGCGAAGUUACUGUCACCACCCCGAAGAUUACUGAUUAUUUUCCUAUAACAGCACGUCCCCUGGUGUUUUAUUCUUCUUACACUACAGCAAUUAGUCAACCAUUACAGUUUUUUUAGCUAUUAAUGAGUGACGGCGUACUUUUUUUCUGUUUAUAUAUACCUUUAAUGUUUUAGAACGUCCACAAAACAAGUUAGCUCCUGUUUUCACUUACGUUAUAGCAGCUAUAAACAGUCGUUCCCUCAUCAGCAUCUCUUUAUUCUGACAUUAAUAAAAUAAAAAAGCACCACUUGUCAUGUUUAAGUCCAGAAAAAGCUGCUAUAUUUUUAUUACUCUUCCUGAGAAAUGGUGCUUCAUUGUUCAACCGGGUUAAACACCUGGUCCACACACACACACACACACACACACACACACACACACACACACACACACAAACAAACAAACCUUCUGUUAUUUUUCAAAGUAGCGACUUUGGGGAUUUUUCUUUCUGUUAUUUAUUAUCACUAUUGUGUAGCGCCCUUGUCGACUUUUUUGCUCUUCCUGCUCUGUAUCUCGGAGGAGGCGUCAGACCCAGAAUAAAGCCAAAUCACUGCCAAUGUGGACAAACCAACAUGUUUUUAAAUUUGAAUAAAAGCAGUCUGGCAGCUUCGCACUCUUCUCAAACAGCCUCUUCCUGCAGGUUUUUUUUUUUUUUUUUUUUUUUUUUAAUCACUGAGGUACAGCGCCAUCAUCUGGACAGGAGGUGCACUGCUUUAAAUGUGUUCUGUUCAUUCACAACACACUUCAUGUGUGUUUGUGCUCAAUAGACUCAUCACUCGGCUGGACUGCACUGAAGAUGUAAAUAUUUUUGGAUUGAUUGUAUUCUUUUGUCCAUGUAUGAUUUGGAUAUUGUACUCAAUAAAGAGGUGCUGUGUUUGA